UUUCCCGGGGCCACUUCUGCACUACUGCCAGGACCAGGAGCUCCGUGUGCUCUGAAUUGGAAGAAAAAAGAAAAAGAAAAGCCAGCUCUAAACAAAGAGCAGCCGGUCCUCGCCCGCCCCGGGCCUGUGGGCGCGUCCCCCGCCGCCGGCCAGUCUGCGUGAGAGGGGCGCAAGGCAGCCUGCCGGAGAGGCAGGAAGCGCGGGGGACGGGUAGACGGCUGUGGCCAGGACAGCCUCAGUCACCACUCCAGGCUCCUGAUCCUUCGCUACAUCCAGCCCGGCUGUUGUGGCCUGGUACUUGUGCACAGUGACGCAUGCAGAAGUCCUGCUCAGAUCUGCAGCUUUGCCAAAUGUGCCCAGCUACCAUGGCACACUGCAAGACCGAGCAGGAUGACUGGCUUCUGGCCCACCUGAAAUAUCUGCUCUUCAUCUUCAACUUCUUCUUCUGGGUAGGUGGGGCAGCUGUCAUGGCCGUGGGUAUCUGGACACUGGUGGAGAAGAGCGGUUACCUCAGCGUUUUGGCCUCCAGCACAUUCGCUGCCUCUGCCUACAUCCUCAUCCUCGCUGGUGCUCUUGUCAUGACAACUGGCUUCCUGGGCUUCGGGGCCAUCAUCCGGGAGCAGAAGAGCUGUCUCUCCACGUAUUUCUGCCUGUUGCUGGUCAUCUUCCUCGUGGAGCUGGUGGCAGGGGUCCUGGCGCACGUAUACUACCAGAGACUGAGUGAUGAGCUGAAGCAGCACCUGAACAGCACCCUGACUGAACGCUACGGGCAGCCGAGGGCCGCAGAGAUCACAGCCUCCAUGGACCGGCUGCAGCAGGACUUCAAAUGCUGCGGCAGUAACAGCUCGGCCGACUGGCAGCACAGCGCAUACAUCUUGUCUCAGGAAGCCCAGGGUCGCCUGGUGCCGGACAGCUGCUGCAAGACAGUGGUGCUGCGCUGUGGCCAGCGGGCCCACCCCUCCAACAUCUACAAGGUAGAGGGAGGCUGCAUGGCCAAGCUGGAGCAGUUCCUGGCUGAGCACCUGCUGCUCAUGGGUGCAGUGGGCAUCGGGGUGGCCUGUCUUCAGAGAGCUUUGAACAACUUGACCUGAGUGUUGGAUCAGAUCUGCGGGAUGGUUCUCACCUGCUGCUUCCACCGAAGGCUCCAGCAACACUUUUAUUAAAGGAGGCCCCUGUAGCCUGCUGACUACCCCGCACAAGGGCCCUCGUCCCCACAUCCUGAACCAGGCCUGCAGAGUCAGCAGUUGGGUCAUGGACUGCCCCCACCCUAUGCAGAACCCACCAAGUGCCUGUGAUUGUGGCUCCUGCACGUCCCACCUGGGCAGGGUCCUCGGCUCACUCCUCCAUUUAUUAGCACUCAUUCACUGCCAGGAUCCUUGGCAAGGGAUGGUCCUGGCAAGAGGCAGCCAGAGUCCUUUGCCAGGCAUGAAACACUGGACGACAGGAGAGCCAGAGCUCAGCAUCCUCUGUACCAUCUCAUUGCCUGAGUCUGGGAUAGAAGGCUGGAAGAUGGGUCCUUCCAAGACUCCUGUAGGACUUGGUGUGUGAUUCCCACUGGCAGAGGAUCCCACCCAGCUCUCCACUUUGGGCAGACUGGGUUAGCUCACCCCCUCCCAAAACCUAGCUGGUUUCCGGAUCUUUCCAUACAGUAGCUGGCCAUGCCCUUCCUGUAGGGCCUAGGACAGGAGUGGUCUAAGAUGGGGCAGCUUAAGGCCAGGCUGUUGGAGCCACCAGGACAGGGCACUAAGGAGGCAGGUUGGUAACAGCAGGGUGUGUGGCACCUUAGAGAGAGUCACCUGAUGGUCACGAGUCCCAGCCCCCAGGGAUAUGUCCUGUUCCCAGUCUUGACUCCCAGGACGCCAGGUUUAAAAUGUUAGUGAAUGUAAAACUCUUGUCCCGUGGACCACACCUCGGACUGGUAAGUCAGAGCUGCCGAGGAGAGGAAGCUGUGAGGAGGGAGUUACUCUGCCUGCACCCCAUUUCCCGGUUCCUUCACGACCCCACUGUUUGCCGCCCACUGUGCUCUCUGCGUCCUUCUCCACUGUCCUGGACUAGACACCAUUCCCUCCUUUGCCUCUCUCUUUAGUCACUGAAUGAAAUAGAGACUAUUCAGGAAGAACUCCCCAGGCGUUAAAGGAGACAGAAGAAAAUCCUAGAAAAAAGUAAAGGUUGGGAGCAGGUAUCAACUCGGAGACAACCAUAGGGGAUCCCCUCUCCGGUGAUUAUUGCCUCGGGCAGCUUUGCAUACCAGGACUCCAAUCCAGCUGCUGCUCCACGUGGGUCCUGCUCAUCUCUCCACAAUAACAAACCUCAGCUCCCCCCAUGAACCAGUGGCAUCUUGUUGACCAAAAGCACUCACAGCUUGCCUUAUACCUGACCCAGUUCUUACUGCAGAGCAUCCGGAUCCUGCUGAGCUGGGUCGGUUGUUGGGGAGAGAUGAGCUCCCAGUCAUACAUGGGUAGACUAACGGGCACUGGUUGCUGUCACCAGCAUUGCUUUGAAAUUCCAUUCGCAGGGCAGCAGGUAGUUGCAUCCACAGAGGGAACAUCAGGCUCUCAUCGGGUCAGCCUCCUCCACUCUGGGCUUCUCCAGGGACUACGUGAAGCCCAGGCUCGCUCAUGUCAUCUGCCUGAAGGGCCCUGGGUUGUCUGUGCAAGCUCAGUAAAAAGAAAACACUCCCAACAAUUCCAGACGACAUCAUGGCCAAGAGACAAUCUUAGCUGCCCUCUGUCUUCCCAGAUUCUUGCAGAUAUUAAAAGACUAGCUUUGAUCUCCAAGCUUAUAGACUCCAUAGACUCAUAUAGAGGGAGGAUUGGAGACAAAAAAGGUGUGGGACCCAAACCAUGUUCCUCCUGAAGAGGCGCUGAGGGAAUCGAUAGUGUACAAAGGGACACUGUUGGCCUCAGGCAUCUGCUUUGGUAGACUCCCUCAAUCCUUGGGGAAAUGAGGACAGAGGUGACAAGUAGGUACCAUUUCUACAGCCUUGAUGCAGAGGUAGCCCAGGAGAGCAUGGCUCAUUGGCCUCAGUCCGAGCUGCAGAGUGAGUGGACAGCCCCAAAUGUGAUUCCCUUGAUCACAACAGCCUUGGCGACAAGAUGGGAUUAGAGGACAUGAAACACGUAGUAGGCCAGGUUUGGUGCUGCAAAGGCUGGAGCCAAGGAUGGAAUCUGUAGUGAGGUAUGUCCAGUGCUCAGGAUAUUUCUUCCUAUUUAGCCCUAGGGACAGGUCCCUAUUCAGAGGGUGUCACUCUGAGUUCCUUAGAGAGAGGGAAGGACAUACCUAUAGAGUGUCAUCCUCAGUCCUGGGUCAGCACAGACAUACUGGGGUCCCACACCAGGCCCUGAACUUAGCAUGGCUGAAGCCAGCAUAUCCUCACCCUGAGCAUGAGUCACCUUUCCCUAAGCUCAAAGUGACUACCUCAAAAACACAGCAUGCCCCCAGAUGCCCCAGGUGGCCAGUGUUUGGGGAACAAGGGUGAACCUUAGUCUAUGAUAAGAAGAUGGGGUGUCUACAUGCAUUUGUCCCUUUCCCUCCUAGUGGUGUGUCCCCACAGCACCUCUGACAUUGCUUCGGGGAUGUUCACUAAGGACCUGUAUGCCUCCUUCAAUGUGUUAUCCACAGCGAAACCAAUGGGAUGUGCUCUCGUCCCCAUUCUGCAGAUGAAGAACCUAAGGCUUGGUCAAGUUGAACAUCAGUGGUGAUGGCUGUUGCCAUGGCACCAGCCAGGUGGACUCAAAGAAAGCAGGACUAGAAGCCCCUCUCCCCCCAGCACCAGCCGUCAAGUUGGCAUUCAAGAACAGUGGUGGUAUGGCCGAAUAGUGGCAGCCUUAACUCUCCCAGGUUGGAUGGAACCAUCCAGCAUGUCCAACACCAGCAGCUUCUUGCAUUCACAGUUGAAGCAGACACCUAUCUUAUUUUGGAAGCUAAGGAGGCCACAGCCCCUAGAAAUGGUCCAGGCCACACUCGGGGGAGGGGGCAUCGCAGCCAUUAUAGUGAGAGCAGGGACUAUCUUUAGUGCUCGGCCGCCACAUGGAUGGGAACCACACCAUGUGAAGAUCAUUGGCUGGGAUGUGAAAUGUCUCUCCCUGCCCCAUAAGGAGGUCAGGAGGGAACCCCAGAUUAUAUCCACUCUUAGAGCCACCCCAGGUAUGGGGGUGCCCUGGCUGGUGAUGCUGAGCCUCCCCUUCAGGCAAGGACCUCUCUGUCUUCUUGCCCCCUCCCGCUCUGCUAUAUUAAACAUUCGUUAUUUCUAGGCUCUGGAGUGGACACAGGGUGACUUCUGUCUUGAGCUUUCUCACCCUUUGAAUGGCCACAGAGGUUCAUAUUCAAAAGGUACAGGCUGUAGGGAGGAUGUGCAGCAGGUCAGUGUGAUGAGCCACUUUGAGCUCAGACUCUGCCACUCUGGACAGCUUCCAAGGUUUUAAAGUCAAGGGAAUGAAUGGAUCAGUUAGAACCCUUCCAGCUUUGAAAGUGCCCUCUGCCUAUUGGCUCUGCUGGGCUGGGGCAAAGAGGCAAGAGAAGGGAGGGCGGCUGAAGCUGUUCAGAAGAAAAGCAGCCAUCUUUGUGACUGCCAGGUGGCAUGUAUGCCCUCCAUGGCUGGAGAGAUGUGUCUUACACUUUCUCUCCCCUCAGCACCUCCAAGGGAGCCUUCAGAACAGGAUGCUACCUCCCCAUAGUUGCUCUAAGGAAGGCCAGAUCCAACAGUUGGCAUUCCUGCUAAGUUCCCAGGUGGUGGCGAUGCCACUGACUGGCAACCACACUAAACCACAGUGUGGACCCCACGAGGCCACUGCUACCUUCCUUCAGAUGUCUGAACCCUCAAAGGUCAAAAGUCACUUCAGGCCAUUUGGCAUAAGUCACAUGUGGAGCUGCUUGAGACUGUUCCCACUGGGUCCACAGAGAGGGUGAGGUGAAGCCAACCCCUCAGUGGUUUACAUACACAUGCCUGUUGGCAGAGCAUGCUCGGCACUCCUGCCCCUACUGAGACUAUGACUUUGGCCAGUGGGCCAGAUGCCUGGGUCUUCUUCCUGGAAGGGGGCCCCUUAUACUCCCAGAUACCACCUUCUUCUGUGUGUCUUUAGGUGACCCUGCUGCAUCCUGGUCACUCCAGCAUAUCUAGCUUGACAUCAAGCCUCCCUCACCCUUCCCCUCCUGCUUACAUACCUGUGAAGCCUGCUUCUACUCUACGCCAGUACUGACAGAAAUUCAGGAGCCCAUUGUUAGGAGUCCAGACGGGCUCCUGGAUCUAGCAGGCCCAUGGAUGUGAGACGUCUGAUAUUCUACAAAGACAGAAGUUGCCUUAAACCUGCUUACAGUGAAACUUCAGAUGUGAGGUGCACCUCUCCACUGACCUCAAUGUAGCUCGCUGCCUUGUGCUAGUGGACUCAAUAAUAAAGGACUUAUACCCAA